AGGAGCUGGGCCCGGAACUCCAUUACCAAGAACUCAUGGCGCCCAGUUCCUGCAUUCUGGAGGAGCCUGAGCCAAAGAGGGGAAGAAGAUCGUGUACCGGUCAAAGAACCCCCACCCACACUUGUGUUUACGCGGGCUGCGGCAAGACCUAUACAAGGCGUUCUCAUCUCAAGGCACAUCUGCGAACCCACACUGGUGAGAAACCCUACCACUGUGACUGGGAUGGCUGUGGGUGGAGAUUCACCCGGUCCGAUGAACUCACCAGGCACUACCGCAAACACACGGGGCAGCGCCCGUUCCAGUGCCACAAGUGCGACCGCGCAUUUUCUAGGUCGGACCACCUCGCCUUACACAUGAAGAAGCACGUUUAAGUCUCAAACAAUGGAUAGGACCCACACUGCCAGAAGAGAAUUCAGUAUUUUAUACCUUUCACCUUGUCUUUCCGAGAAGGAAGGGAAGAGCCCUGCUGGAAAGCACCACGAUCAAGUCAAGUUCCCUCUUGGUUCACCUUGUGAAUGAAUGGUCAAGAAACAUGAGGAAGCCAAAAGUCAAAAAAGAACAGAUUGGGUCUGUGACAGGAUCUUCUAUCAUUCCAACUCUAAAUCCAACUUGAAUAUUCCUGGACUUAACAAAAUGCCAAGGAAGUGACUGUAAGUUGUGGCUGUCAGGGUAUAAAUCAGAUCUGUGAGCCAGAUCAGAAUUCCCUUGAACUGUGUUUUGAUGCAAUAUAAGCAUAAAGAUCACCUUGUAUUUUUUGUUAUUUUAUUAUUAUGAUGCUAGAAGAAAAAUCAGGUACUGAAAAUGUGUUCUAAUAGCUUACAAAUUGAUGGUGUUUGGCUAGGCUCCCAUAUCUCAGUGGUUAGGGCUCCGGCCACAUAUACCGA